AUGGUGGACGACAAGAAGUCCAAAAGUGAGAAUCAGAGAAAAGGAAGAGGGUUUGACCACUGCAUCAACAAUAUAAAACUCAGUUCAGAUAGUGAUCGUAAACAUCACUAUUUAAGAUCGUCUAGAACUUCGUAUCCAUCAACCAAUCACCUCCCAACAACUGUCAACUCUGAAAACGUCUAUAUCAACAACAACAACAGACUGAAACCCGAUUUCACUGGCAAAUACUGCCGGGGCAGCUUGGAUAACGUUGCCAGUCUCCCCUGGGACCAGGGACGCGAUUUCCGGAUUGAGGAGGAGGAGGGACCGCUGAGGAGGACCCGCAGCCUGGCAAUCUGCUCCCGACAAAACCUAUCCUGCGGUUAUUCGGAGGAGAUCAUUAUUGACAGCAGCCCCAAACCCCAGCUUAUCCCGAGGGCUAGAUUGGUGGAGAAAUCGUUCAUUAAAGAUCCCAGCAAGCGAGGAUCUUACAAAGAAAACCAUCCCAAGCCAGCAAAAAGGCACUCAAAAAGACCGAGAGAAUCCAAAAGACCAAAGGAACCUACUUACGAAAGUUCCGAUCACCUUCCAAGAACACCAGAAGAAAAAACGAAUUUAAACAGCCCUAGUUACAGCCCUGACUAUACCAGUUACAGAACACCUCCUGAAGAUUUAACACCAGUGUCACCUUUAAAUCGCUCACCAUCUUCAGAACUCGAAGACAGAGUGACCAGGAAAAUCUCAGCAGCUGUAAAAAGCGAAGGACAGUACUUAUCAUUGGAUAACAUACCUUGGAACAUCACAAGCCAUCAACCGGAGAGCUUCUCAUACGACGAAAACAUCACCUUGAGUAAAAAACCGGAUCAAAUCAAGCCAAAAACUAUCAGAGGGUCUAGUUUUUAUUAUAAUCCAGAAUAUUCUUGGGGCUCUGAAUUUGAUAAAGCUCCAUCUAGUUUUGAGUUCGAAACUAACACUAACUGUGACGAAAUCAAACUAAACAACGAAAAAAUCACUAAAGAAACUAAGAAACCUAAUGAUAAUAACAAAAAAGAAGCUUGCAAUAAACCCGCAUUGAAUGUGGACAAGAAAAACCACACUCAUAACUAUAUUAGAGACAUUUUAGAAACACAAAAAGGCUCUAAGAAACCUUUACAAAGUUUUAUCACUAAAAAACUAACAAAUUUGACAAGAAACGCAAAAUCUACUUUAAUAUCUAAUAAGUUUCAUUCUCUCCCUGACAUUACAGCGUCUAAAAUUCCAGAAAAGUCUGAAAUUAUUGAUAAAAAGUCAAAAAAAUACGAAAAAACACCAAGUGAAAACCGUUUCAUUGUGAAUAUCGGUAGGCAUUUUGAUAUCACUGCUAAAUCUUCGAUACCAGUUGAUUUUGAGGUGAAAAUAGCAAAAGUUUCCCGUAAAAACAAGAAAGGGGUUGACCAAAAUAAGGAACAAGACAAAGAAUUGAAGGAUGUGGUAAAAAAUAUUAACAAUUUCUUAAAAUCACGAGGCUUCAGUAAUAAUAACGUCACAGAAAACAAGGAUAUGGAUCCAGAAAUUAUAGAAAAAGUCGAUAGUGUCAGAAAUUAUUGGACAAAAAUUAUCCAGAACAAACCUGAAGAAGAAAAUAAAGAAUCUGAACCGAAAAGUAUUGUAAACGAUGUCAAAAAAAAGUUUGAACCAGUUAGUGAACUAGAAAAAUCCCCUAGCAAGGUUGACUUGACUAGAAAAAUGUUCGAAACAAAAAACUCUAACGAAAAAAAUGGAAAAAUAUCGCCUGGAAUAAAAGACACUUGUAUUUUUUUCGAAAAAGUUCCUGUAAACAAAGAAAAUAAUGAAUUUGAGAGUUUAGCCCCUACUUCUGUGGAGAUAAUCCCUCAAAAUGAGUUGGAAGAUCAAAAAAGUCCUUCUAUCCAAAAAAACCAGACUAAAAAGUCUUUGACCAAGUCUAACAGUGUAAGUAGUCAUGAUUUUGAUUACGUUAGAUACAAAGUGAUCAAACCUGAGUUUUUCAAGAAAAAAAUCAUCACAAAUUGUGAAAAUGAGUCUCAAUUCGACGGUCUCAUCCAGUACUUGGCUGAUUACAGCAUCCAAGAGCUCUUAAUCGACAACAAUAUCGUUAUAAUUGAACCCAUCCGGUCCAAAGUACCUCACAUCAGUACCAACCACAAAAAACCGAACUUUAAAAACACCCAAAGACACAGUAGUACCACUGAAGAAACCUCAAACAAGCAGAAACUAAAGAAACACUUCUUUUAUCAUCCUGUGAAGAUAAAUAAAGAAGUACAUGAGGAUGAACUGCCUAAUCCCGAGGUUGUACGUCAGGCUAGACAAUUUUUCGAACAGGGUACCUUAAAAACAAAUGGAUAUCCUUUUUCUAAGAGCACCAGUACCUCUACAAUAGAUCCAGACAAAGAUAGAUGCAGUAUUACUGAUUCUGGAGGAUCGAACAGUCCUUCAGAUUUCGAUGACAGAGAUGAGUAUGAUUCUAAUGAUUCUGCUACUGAUUGUUGUAAUGAGUAUGUUAGUGAGGAUAUAUUGCAGAAAAUUAGACAGUAUGGUACGACUGUAACGUACUACGGAGGCAGAAUAGUGGAUAAACAGAACGGUCAACCGAUCUUGACCAAAGUGAUCAUGAACGAGAUCAAAAACAUCGAAAAACGAUGCACAAACUGUGGUAAAAAUGACGAAAAUGAAAAUGUUCCAGAAAUCAAAUUCAAAUUGAUCAAAUCGAAUAGUUGUAGCAGCAGAUUGGAACUUACUGGAAAACGAUCAAAUAAUAAACAGUAUAAUAACAAAAUAAACAUAGAAAAAAAUAAUAACACAAUUAAAGAACAAGUAGUGGGAAAGCAUCAAGAAAAAGACAUUAUUAAUGAACAAAUCAAAUUAAAAAGUGAAAAUUUAGCAAAUCAACCUAGAAUUAUUGGUGAAGAAAGAAAACAAAAUAUUGAUAAAUCGAUAAGAAGGUUUAGCAAUGAAGUACCGAGAAUCAACGGGCAUGAAAUCAGUCAUUAUGAGUACCAGCAGAAACUUAUUCCUAAAAAAAGGAGUUGUGAUAUGGAGUUUGAAACCUACGAAGUAGCUUAAGUGAUUUUGUUAAGAAAAAUUUAAUAUACACUUCCCCAAUAAAUUAACGCACCACAAAAAAAUAACCAAAAAUUUAAGUUAAGUUUUUGUCAAAACCACUUAUCCGAUUUGGACGAUUUUUUUUUGA